UCGAGUCUCUGGCACUGGCUCUCCGGUUAGUUCAUCUCAAGAACCGGCCGUGCGACCGUGCGACCGUCUCCACCGUUCCGCCGUCCGCGUUCCACGAUCUACCCAAACACGGUACGACGGUACGACGGUAUACGACCGGAAUCGUCCGUAACGCGUACGACCCCCCCGUGCCAGUUUUGCGCGAGUGCCGCCGCUUUACGUUGGGGGCGGUUCCGACCCCCCCGGAUAUGUGCGACUACAAAUCAAACGUGUGACUUAGUGCUAAUGUGCUUGUGUUUACGUUUCGAGCGGCAACAGUGUGCGACCAAACUCUGGAUUACGCUACUGCCGCUGAACCGCUGAGCCGAUGGGCCGAUGAGCCGAUGAGUUAGUUAGGUACUCUAAGGAUGUGCGAACGAUGACCGAUAUGAGCCACACAACGGCCAUCCUGUGGCUGGCCAACCUGGUGCUGUUGGUGUCAGCAGGUGCGGAGCACGUGCGCGAGCUAGAAAUCUCGGAGAGCGCGCCCGUCAACACCAGGAUCGGCUACAUCGGCGACGGAGUCUCCCCCGACUCCGGACCCCCAUACCUUAUCGUACCAGUGGGAAGCGCCGUCGAUUCGGACCUGUCAAUAGACCAGAGCACCGGCGAGAUACGGACUAAAGUGGCCCUGGACCGGGAAACACGGGCUAGUUAUUCGUUGGUCGCGAUACCGAUGAGCGGCGAUAAUGUACGGGUGCUGGUCAAAGUGCUGGAUGAGAACGACAACGCUCCCACGUUUCCCGCGGACGUUAUGUCUAUUGAGUUUCCGGAGAACACGCCGAGGGAUGUGAAACGUACCUUGCAUCCCGCCCGGGAUCUGGAUCUGGGCAUAUACAACACGCAGAAGUACAACAUUGUGUCCGGCAACGUGAACAACGCCUUCAGGUUGUCGUCGCAUCGAGAGCGGGAUGGAGUCUUGUAUUUGGACCUGCAAAUCAACGGAUUUUUGGACAGGGAGACCAUAGACUUCUACAGCUUGGUCAUAGAAGCCUUGGAUGGGGGCACUCCUCCUUUGAGAGGGGAGAUGACCGUCAACAUAACGAUCCAAGAUGUCAACGACAACCAACCAAUCUUCAACCAGAGCAGGUAUUUCGCAACUGUGCCAGAAAACGCCACAAUAGGCACCAGCGUGCUGCAAGUCUUCGCCAGCGACAACGAUGCAGGAGAGAACGGACAAGUCGAGUACUCCAUCAAUAGGAGGCAGAGCGACAGAGACAACAUGUUCAGAAUAGACCCAACCUCAGGAAUGAUAGCAGUCAACAAACCUCUAGACUUCGAAACAAAAGAACUACACGAACUAGUCAUUGUCGCUAGAGACCACGGGUUACAACCUCUGGAAACCACCACGUUCGUUUCCAUCAAAGUCACGGACGUAAACGACAAUCAACCCACCAUUAAUGUGAUUUUUCUCAGUGACGACGCGACGCCGAAAAUAAGUGAGUCGGCACAACCCGGUGAGUUCGUGGCAAGGAUUUCCGUCCACGAUCCCGACUCCAAAACUGAAUACUCGAACAUAAACGUGACGCUCAGUGGAGGUGACGGACAUUUCGGGUUGACCACCAGAGAUAACAUAAUUUACCUGGUGAUCGUGUCUUUGCCUUUGGAUCGUGAGGUGCAACCAAACUACACGUUAAACGUUGUGGCCACCGACACCGGCACUCCACCCUUGCACGCGUCCAGGACCAUCAAGUUGAUGGUCACGGACAUCAACGACAACGCCCCGGAAUUCGACCAGGAUGUGUACCAUGCGAACGUGAUGGAGGUAUCCGAUCCAGGGACUUCGGUGUUGCAAGUGGUGGCGAUGGACAAAGACGAAGGCAACAACAGCAUUAUCACCUACUCCUUGCAGAACACCCCAUCCACACAUUCGAGUUGGUUCCAGAUCGACUCGAAGAGCGGUCUGAUAACCACCAGGUCCCACGUGGAUUGUGAAACGGACCCGGUGCCUCAGUUGACUGUGGUGGCCACCGAUAACGGGUUUCCACCCUUAUCGUCGUCGGCGACAGUGUUAGUGACAAUUCAUGAUGUGAACGACAACGAGCCCAUCUUCGACCAGAGCUUCUACAACGUUUCGGUGCCGGAGAACGAGGUCGUCGGACGAUGUAUUUUAAAGGUAAGCGAACAGAUUUUGGUUGUAAAAGUCCAUUUCAAGGCCGUUUAUCUAGAAAAGGUAGGAGAACAGCUACACCGUGGAGGUAACGUUGAAAAUUAAGUGGAACUAAAAAUUUUUGAAAUUUUAUGUGGUUAAUUAAUGCAGGUAUAAUUUGAUUGCCCUUAAAGAUCUCAUAACCGUCUCACAUUGUUGUUUUUCCUACAAACACGUAAGAAUCGAUAAUUUUCUGUCGUUCGUAGGUGUAGUUCAAAGUUGAGAUUUGUUCCACGGUGCGCGGA